AUGAAAGAGCAGCGGCGCACCGGGGGAGAGCACUGAUAACACAGAGUACACGCGCUCAGCACGGAGGACUGAGCUCCGUUAAAUUCACAUCACGUCUACGUGCGUGCAAAGAAGCAGCACCCUAACGAUAUUAUAAGUGAAUCAUCACUUCGGGAGUUAUGGGAGGUGGAGAACACCAGGGUGAGCAGCUGGGAUCAGAGGAGAGUGACUCACGCUCACAGUACACCUGGGAAGAAGUGCAGAAACACAAUUGCACCGGUGAUCAGUGGCUGGUGAUCGAGAGGAAAGUGUACAAUGUGAGUGAAUGGACAAAAAAACAUCCUGGAGGACACAGACUUCUUGAGCAUUACAUUGGAGAAGACGCAACGGAUGCAUUUACAGCCUUCCAUCCGGAUAAGCGUUUUGUACGAAAGUUCAUGAAGCCGCUGCUGGUGGGAGAGUUGGCGCCCGCAGAGCCGAGUCAAGACCACGGCAAAAAUGCUGCUUUGGUGAAAGAUUUUCAGGCCUUGCGUAAGCAGUUGGAGGCACAGGGCUUGUUCCGCACCAAUCCAUUGUUUUAUAUCCUGUAUCUUGGGCACAUUCUGCUGCUGGAAGCUUUGCCUUUGUUACUGCUGUGGAACUUUGGCAAUGGCUGGAUUAUUACAUUACUAAUUGCUGUCAUGCUGGCCACUGCACAGGCUCAGGCUGGCUGGCUUCAGCAUGACCUUGGCCACCUGUCGGUCUUUAAACAUUCCACCUGGGAUCACCUAGCUCAUAAAUUUGUCAUUGGACACCUGAAGGGGGCCUCUGCAAAUUGGUGGAACUAUCAACAUUUUCAGCACCAUUCUAAACCCAAUGUGCUUUCUAAGGACCCUGACCUCCGCACAAUGGAAAUCCUGGUACUGGGAGACAUCCAACCUGUAGAGUAUGGGAUUAAAAAGUUGAAGCGCAUGCCCUAUAACCAUCAGCAUCAGUACUUCUUUUUAAUUGGCCCUCCCCUGCUCAUACCAGCAGUCUUUAGUGUGUACAUUUUUCGAACUCUGUUGUCGAAACGGGAUUGGGUGGAUUUAGUGUGGUAUCUAUCCUACUAUACUCGUUUCUUCUUCUGUUAUGUUCCCUAUUACGGAUUACUAGGGUCAGUACUGCUUCAAACAUUUAUGAGGUAUAUGGAGAGUCAUUGGUAUGUGUGGGUGACCCAGAUGAACCACAUUCCCAUGGACAUAGACUAUGAGAAAUAUGAUGACUGGCUCAGCAUGCAGUUGAAAGCUACAUGCAAUGUUGAGCAGUCGUUCUUCAAUGAUUGGUUUACUGGCCACCUCAACUUCCAGAUUGAGCACCAUGUCUUCCCUACAAUGCCUCGUCAUAACUUGGUUCGUGUGGCUCCUCUACUUCGAGAGCUUUGUAAGAAGUAUGGAGUUCAGUAUCAGGUCAAGGGCCUGUUGGAGGCCAUGUCUGAUAUUAUUGGGUCAUUGAGGAAGUCUGGUGAGCUGUGGCUAGAUGCCUACCUCCACAAAUGAGUCACCCCUCAAUGACUGGUUAAAACCAAGUCAAUCAAUAAAAUCACCAUUCAACAAUUUUGACAUUAUUUGACACUUAAAAUUGUCUAUAGUAAAUCUAAGAAUUAUUAAUACAUAUUUAAAAUAACCUAAAUGUUUUAAUGAUUAUAUGAAGUUAAAAUGAUUAAUAUUGUUUCAUUUCCAUUAAAUUACUUUUU